AUGCGUACCCCUUCAGCUGUAGCCGGUCAAUGCCGGUCUAAAUACUACGAGAACAGCAGCAAGAGUCAAGAGUUGUUGCUGGUUGAGGAGCCGGUUCGACCGGUCAACUCGGUUAAGUCGGAUCUUGGGACGGGGUUAGCACGGGCCAGUAAAAGGACAAAGAGCCGCAAGUUGAUACAUUCUGCUGAUAGACAGUCCAGUAAUCUGUUCAACAGCAACGUUAUCUUGUCAAUAUCCACAAGUCAGACACAUAAAACUAAGCUCAUGGAGUGUUUGGGGCUUACUCCACUGAAGGGUUUGGCGACAGAAACCCAGAGUCUGCUGAUUGUAGUCGAGGUUGGGGUAAUGAUACUUUGUCUAGCCGCGUAG